UACACUGCAUGUAAAGGAACUGUCAUGCGUCGUCAAAUUUUAACGAAUGCGUUUGUGAGGUUAUCGCGCUUUGUUAUUUGUCCGUUCAUGUGUAUCGUCCUUAGUUUCCUGCUGCAAUUUACUUUCAAUAACUUUUCACACAGGGGAAUUACUUAAAACAUUGAAAACUAGCCCACUACCUGUUUCUUACGAAUCGUGCGAAAGUUAUGGAAACUAAAAUAAGCGUUGAAAAGUUAGCGCGAGAAUCGAAAGAGCAUUUGAAUGACGGUGAAAGAAAUGUACAAUACGAGAUAAACGAUCGAGUACAAUUCUCCGAGACGUCCGACCCUUCCGAUACACUAGAUUCCGAUACUGAUUUAACCAAACAAUGUACAAACGAUGAUUCGUUCAAAGAUGAUCCCAACGGUAUUGCUAAUACCGCCACUUUUAAAAAGCCCACCGUAUUAAUUGGUCCGAAACGUUCUCGGCUAGUGCGUAAAGUCUUUGAAACUUCGCCUUUAACUGACGACACACAAUCAUCUACAAAUGAUGAUUACUACGCUGAUCCUGAUGUUAAAUCUCAGAAACCCUCGCAAGAUAUACCUUUUCCAUAUGCAGAACCCUCUUGGGGGGGCAAACCAGUAGAGGAUUAUAAAAUCGAAGUACUAAAGUCUGGAGUCAUUGUGGAGACAAUUUCACUUAGCGAACAAAGUUUUCAUGUUAUUGGUCGAUUACCUUCGUGCCAUGUGUUGCUUGCUCAUCCGACCAUUUCAAGAUAUCACGCAGUUUUGCAAUACAGAUCCAUACAAGAUAACGACAAUCUUAAAGGCUUUUAUGUUUACGACUUAGGCAGUACUCAUGGUACUUUUUGGAAUGGAAGUCGUAUAAAGCCUAAUGUUUACGUUAGAAUACACGGAGGUCAUAUGCUCAGGUUCGGUUGCAGCCAGAGAAAAUACAUUUUACAAGCUCCACCAGAUGAUCAAGAGGAGGAAUCGCGAUAUACCCUGACCGAAUUAAAGGAAAUGAGAGCGUCAGAAUUAGGGAAGCGGCAUAUCAAGGAGGGAGAUCAAGUCAAAGCUGAAGAAAGCGAAGGAAUCGACUGGGGGAUGGGUGAAGAUGCAGAUGAAGAAACGGAUCUGCAAGAAAAUCCUUAUGCCUGUAUUACCGACGAUGAUUUGGUUUUGGAAGAUCCAAAAAAAACUUUGAGAGGAUGGUUCGAAAGAGAAGGAUACGAUCUUCAUUAUCAAACGGAAGAAAAAGGACUUGGACAGUUUUUAUGUUGGGUGGAUAUUCCCAUGGAAGAUAUCGUUGGCCAUUCCAUGAGAGCAGAAGCCCUUGUCAAAGGUAAAAAGAAGGAGGCAGUUGUGCAGUGUGCACUAGAAGCCUGUAAAAUUUUGGACAAAUAUGGAUUAUUAAGGCAAGCAAAUCACGAGGCAAGAAAAAGGAAGGCAAGGAAUUGGGAAGCAGAAGAUUAUUACGAUUCGGACGAAGACAAUUUUCUUGACAGAACAGGAUCCGUGGAAAGGAAGCGCGAACAGAGAAUGCGAUUAGCUGGUAAAUUGGACGAAAAGGUGGAAACUUAUGAUUCAUUGCUAGAAAAGCAUAGGGAAGUUUUAAAACGAAUAUCACAUUUAUCAACUUCAAUGAAAAAUUGGCAAACUGCAAAUGAUGCAACAAAGAAAGAAACGACGGAGGAGGAUGCGUUAGAUGCAUUUAUGUCAAGCUUAAGUUCCUAUGCUUUAACUAAAAGCGAUAUUGCUAAGAUGAAAUUAGAAUUGCAAAAUCUCCGAAGGGAAGAAGCGGGUUUAAUUAAGUUACUGAAUCUGACACGACCCGCAAAUUUACCGGCUCUCUCGUCUCCUCCCGAAUCUACGAAUAAAAUUAUAGAUCAGGUUAAAAUGUCGGCGCAUGUUGUACAAGAAACACCGUUAGAAACAAAGAAACUUCAAGGUUCUUUGUUUCGUUGCAAAAGGGUGAAACGAACGAAUCAACGAGCAGAUGCAAAUAGAAAGUUGCCGGUAUCGAAUACCAUGGUUGCCGACGCAACAAUGGUGGAAGCCGAGUCUGAAGAAGAAGAGGAUAGCGAUGAUAACGAUGGACAAAUUUCAAGUUCAUCGCAUAUUUCGUCAGAUAAGAAAGUUCUCGAAUCUGAACGAUCAAUUAGUAACGUCGCUGCUACGAAGAACGAAUCUUCCGACAAAAACGAAAAACAGCGAAAGUAUAAAGUCGAAACGAAAACGAAAAAGUACCACAGACAAGAGCAACAAAAAGUAUACUGCGAUCAAGACGUUUAUGCGGAUAACUAUUCCACGUGGGUUCCGCCACGGGAUCAAGCAGGAGAUGGGAAAACAAGUCUUAACGAAAAAUACGGUUACUGA